ACCGAGUACGUAGGUAGGGCUUGGAGCGUAAUGGUCGCAGAAAGGGUCGCUCUCAGGCCGGAGCAAUUAGAAAGGACAGGCCGCGGCCUCAGGGCGCAGAGCCACCCCAGGUCUCGGCCUCGGCAGGGCCGUCCCUUCCUCCGCACAGGAGUUUUGCGUUUCACCUUCAGGCGCGCCAGAGUGAAGCCCGAGCUAGCUCUCCGAGACCGAGCGCAGGACUUCGGCAAGGGAGAUGGUCCGCAAUUCAAGGCAAACCUAACUACAAUAAGGAACAAGUCUCCAAACUGUAGUGAGCCCGCCCCCACCAGGGAGUCUGCAGGACGCCCGCAAGGGAGCGUGUGCGCGCGAUUCAGUGACAAAUGGAAACAACUUUCUAGGCUACAGCGGAAUGUGAUUCUCUUUGUCCUGGGCUUUCUGAUUCUCUGUGGAUUCCUGUAUUCUCUUCAGGCGGCUGACCAGUGGAAAGCUCUGAGUGGCAGACCUGCAGAAGUAGAGAAGAUGAAGCUAGAAGUCCUGCCUGCCUUACCAGCUCCUAAGAAGGAAAGCGCUGAGCCAGAAGGGUUUGCAGACAUACUCUCUCAGAAGCGGCAAAGACAUUUUCGGCGGGGCCCUCCCCAUCUGCAGAUUAGACCUCCCAACACAGUCUCCAAGGAUGGGAUGCAGGAUGAUGCUAAGCAGAGAGAAGCAGCCCUGGGGAAGGCUCAGCAGGAAGAAAACACACAGAGAACCGUCAUCAGCUGGCGGGGAGCAGUGAUUGAGCCUGAACAGGCCACUGAACUUCCUUACAAAAGAGCUGAAGCCUCCAUCAAACCUCUGUUUUUGGCAUCUAAGAUUUGGAAAGAGCCAGGCCCCCCUACUGAGCGCCAGAAGGGAGUGAUUGAGGCCUUUCUCCAUGCCUGGAAGGGUUACCAAAAGUUUGCCUGGGGCCAUGAUGAACUGAAGCCUGUGUCCAAAACCUUCAGUGAGUGGUUUGGCCUGGGCCUCACCCUCAUUGAUGCCUUGGAUACCAUGUGGAUUUUGGGUCUGAAGCAAGAAUUUAAGCAAGCCAGGAAAUGGGUAUCAGAGAACUUAGACUUUCAGAAGAAUGUCGAUGUCAACCUGUUUGAGAGUACCAUCCGCAUCCUAGGGGGCCUGCUGAGUACCUACCACCUGUCGGGGGACAGCCUCUUCCUGAGCAAAGCUGAAGAUUUUGGAAAACGGCUAAUGCCUGCCUUCACUACGCCUUCCAAGAUUCCAUACUCUGAUGUGAACAUUGGCACUGGAUUUGCCCACUCACCCCAGUGGACUUCAGACAGCACAGUGGCAGAAGUGGCGAGCAUUCAAUUGGAGUUCCGGGAGCUCUCUCGUCUUACCGGAAUUAAGAAAUUCCAGGAGGCCGUGGAGGAAGUGACAAAGCACAUCCACUCCCUGUCUGGGAAGAAAGACGGGCUGGUGCCUAUGUUCAUCAACACGAACAGCGGCCUCUUCACCCACCCAGGAGUGUUCACCUUGGGUGCCAGGGCUGACAGCUACUACGAAUACCUGCUGAAACAGUGGAUCCAGGGUGGCAAGAAGGAGACACAGUUGCUGGAAGACUAUGUUAAAGCCAUUGAGGGGAUAAAAGCACAUCUGCUUCGGCAGUCUCAGCCCAGAAAGCUCACCUUCGUGGGAGAACUUUCCCAUGGCCGUUUCAGUGCCAAGAUGGACCACUUGGUGUGCUUCCUGCCAGGGACGCUGGCUUUGGGUGUCCACCAUGGCCUGCCAGCUGACCACAUGGAUCUGGCUCGGGCACUCAUGGAGACCUGCUACCAGAUGAACCAACAGAUGGAGACAGGCCUGAGCCCUGAGAUUGCACAUUUCAACAUGUACCCUCGGGCAGAUCAUAAAGAUGUGGAGGUCAAGCCAGCUGACAGGCACAACCUGCUGCGGCCAGAGACGGUGGAAAGCCUAUUCUAUCUGUACCGUGUCACAAGGGACCGCAAGUACCAGGAUUGGGGCUGGGAAAUCCUGCAGAGCUUCAAUAAGUACACACGGGUCCCCUCAGGUGGCUAUUCUUCUAUCAACAACGUCCAGGAUUCCCACAAGCCUGAGCCCAGGGACAAGAUGGAGAGCUUCUUUGUGGGAGAAACCCUGAAGUACCUCUACCUGCUGUUUUCUGAUGACCUAGAGCUGCUCAGCCUGGACACCUGUGUGUUUAACACAGAAGCCCAUCCCCUGCCCAUCUGGGCUCCUGCCUAGGAGAGCACCUGGCCUGGGCAUUGAUGGAGGUUAAGGUGGUCCUGUUGGGUCUGUGACCUUCACAGGGCCCACAUAGUUUUGGGUAGCCGUCAAGUGUGAUGCUCCUGCCCAAUUGUAGGUCCCUCCCGUUUCAGCUUUUCAUGAAGGUGGUGGGAGGGGCAGGAGUCAGACCAGCUGGUAUGGGUUCUGGGAUUUAGGCUGUCGAGUCUACCAAGCCUUUGACUUCCUCAAAACCUCUCAUCACAGCUCCCGAUUCCCAUACCUGAAUGAUCCUGUUGGCUGGCUGCUGGCAGCCCCAUGGUAGUCCCAAGACUUUUUAUCACCUCCUGGGACCACCCAGGACCCCAGUGCCUGUAUUGAGUUCAGAGUGAUAGCCUAAACCAGUGAGGUGCUAGGCUUGGCCCGAUGGCCUGUGAAAGCCCUGACUCUAGAUUGACCCACGGGUCCACUGGGCCAGUAUGACCUUGAGGGUCCUUGUGGCUCUAGUGUUUACGGGUUGGACUCAGGGAUCCUCCUGGCUACCCUACUGGGCUGGCAGGGGUUACAACGGCAAAUUUGUCUUAUUCCCAGGAUACCCUGGUAUAAUGUGAUUUCUCAGCUGAGAAGAAAGUGGACUUGGUCCCAUUGUAAUGGGUCUUGUGGAGAGUGGGGAAGGGAUGGUGUCUAUCUAGACCAACCUUAAGGGGACAGCAGGUUCUCUGGAUAACAUCUCAGUAACUACCCCUAAAGUCAGAACUCCUGUCUACUUCAGGUAGGAAGAGCUGGGAAGGGCAGGCUUUGGCGCCCUUAUACAAUCAGUCCAGGAUGUUUGGUUAUGCUGUCUCAGAAUGGUCUGAGGAUCACAUGCUGCUGCUGCUGCUGCCUGAUAGGUUUAUGGCAGUUUGUGCCUUGGUGUCUGAGUCCAUGGAAUAGGCCCUGUCUUUGAUGAGUUGUUACUAGACUAUCCCUGGGCCUUGGCUAUGAUUCUCCUAUCCAAUUUCAUGCAGCACAACAUAGGGCAAACUGGACAGAACUGAAAGGACCUCAAGGCUCUGGGCCUGUGUUCCCUGUGCAUCCCAAGAUCUGGAGAUUUGAAAUGCUAACUCCUCAUCUGCAGCUCCAAGCACCUCAGUGGCAAUCACCCUGUGCCUCUGAGGUCCAGUAGUUGCUCGGGGGAUUUCCUGUCAAACACUUGUACCCUAAGCCAGUUCUAAGACCAAAGGUGUCUACAAGAAGGACCUGGCUGGUAACAUAUCCUUAGGCCUCGAAUUCAUGGGUAGAAACUGUCCCCAUCCCUUUGUUGUAGCCCCUUCGUUGAUGUUGGCUUCUCUCUAUGCUGUCCUCCUGUACCAGGAGACCCAUAGGCUUGUAAAUGGACAGGUUCAGGCUGUGGUCAAGGCCUAAGCAGUUGAGAAGUGUAUUCUCUAUCUCCUCCCUUCCUCUCUCAGAUGUAUUUUGGAAGAUAUGGUUGGUGUCAAAGGGACAGCAACUGCCAUGUGGCCCUCUGAAGGGUUAUUGUGGAUCAGAAUGACUGGGUAGAUGUCCUCAAAGCUGGGAGCCACAUUAGAGCAGACAGCAUGGGAAUGGGCUUGGGAGGGGAGGCUGGCGCCCAGUAGAGGCAGGUUUCCCUCCCUAGCCCCCCACCCCCGAGCAGGAAACCUAAGAGCGGGAGUCUCUGCUUAAUUAAAUGUCUAAGUGGUCUCGGCA